GCACCCUUUCACACACACCCAGAUCCAAGAGAAUGAGUGAACCAGAGGGAGGAGAGGAGGAAGACAGAGAUGAGAGCACGAGCGAGAGAACAGAGAGUGAGAGUGGGUUACCACCGCAACGCCGCUGCAGCCGCCGCCAUCGCCGUCGUGGAGGAGCGAGUCCGGAGGAGAGAGAGAGAAAGCCGAUUCGCAGACGAGAUGGAGAGAAAGGACAAAGACACGACGCGAGAGAGAAUGAGGCUGUUCCGCGUGCACUGUCGUCGCUCCUGGGGUCAAUUGAAGCCGCCGCCGCUGCUAGGGCUUGCCGUGCUCCUGUCCUCACUUUCGGCUUCUACGAUUACUUCCUGCGUUUCAUCGGUGCCGUUUUCGAUGGCAAGGUGCGGAUGCAAUUCUCUCCUUUGAAAAGUUCAGCUGCAAUCUACCCAGACCUCUUCUUCAGAUCAUAUAUGAUUAAUGUGAAUGAAGAACACUAG